CCCUUUUUCUGUCGUAAACCUUCUUCCACCACAUGGCUGUGCUAGAGUUUCUGAGCCUAGCCUGGCUCAAAAGGCUCCCCAGUUCAUGGAUUGUUCAUUUCUCAAUUAAACUCCUUUAAAUUUAAUUCAGCUGAAGUUUUGUUUUCAUCAGAUGGGGUCAGAAACAGGAUCUGAAGUAGAGCUUCUUCUAAUGACCCCCAGGGGUGCUGAGUGAUCAAGCAAGGUACCUGCAGGACCCAUUUGUGUCCAUUGAUCUCUUGGAGCAGCUGGGGAUCAUGGGCGCGCUCUCCCCAUGCUCCUGAGAGCAGGACAUAGACUAUGCCCUGCGCAGACAGCCGUCCGCCUCCUGCAGGGAAUGCUUGCUCCUGGGUGCACGCACGGAUACCGCGAUGGUCCGAGACCACGCUCUGGGACAGCAAGCCUCAAGCCUCGCACAGGAGAGGGCCGCGGAGCUUCCUCGACCCGCCCCGCCGCCCUUCCCGCGGGAGGCCCCGCCCCGAUUGGCUGUCGGGAGAGAGGCGGGGCCUAGGGGAUUGGCUGCCCGGCGACCGCGGGCUGACGUGGCGGGGCUGGCGUGUGGGUCUCGCAGCGCUGCUCACAGAACAGAGUAGAGGCGGCGGCGGCGGCCGGACCCAGACUGGUAGUGAGGCGUUGGACUCCGAGGCGCUGCAAUGCCGCUGGAGCUGGAGCUGUGUCCCGGGCGCUGGGUGGGCGGGCAACACCCGUGCUUCAUCAUUGCCGAGAUCGGCCAGAACCACCAGGGCGACCUGGACGUAGCCAAGCGCAUGAUCCGCAUGGCCAAGGAGUGUGGGGCUGAUUGUGCCAAGUUCCAGAAGAGUGAGCUAGAAUUCAAGUUUAAUCGGAAAGCCUUGGAGAGGCCAUACACCUCGAAGCAUUCCUGGGGGAAGACGUACGGGGAGCACAAACGACAUCUGGAGUUCAGCCAUGACCAGUACAGGGAGCUGCAGAGGUACGCCGAGGAGGUUGGGAUCUUCUUCACUGCCUCUGGCAUGGAUGAGAUGGCAGUUGAAUUCCUGCAUGAACUGAAUGUUCCAUUUUUCAAAGUUGGAUCUGGAGACACUAAUAAUUUUCCUUAUCUGGAAAAGACAGCCAAAAAAGGUCGCCCAAUGGUAAUCUCCAGCGGGAUGCAGUCAAUGGACACCAUGAAGCAAGUUUAUCAGAUUGUGAAGCCCCUCAACCCCAACUUCUGCUUCUUGCAGUGUACCAGCGCAUACCCGCUCCAGCCUGAGGACGUCAACCUGCGGGUCAUCUCGGAAUAUCAGAAGCUCUUUCCUGACAUUCCCAUAGGGUAUUCUGGGCAUGAAACAGGCAUAGCGAUAUCUGUGGCCGCAGUGGCUCUGGGGGCCAAGGUGUUGGAACGUCACAUAACUUUGGACAAGACCUGGAAGGGGAGUGACCACUCGGCCUCGCUGGAGCCUGGAGAACUGGCCGAGCUGGUGCGGUCAGUGCGUCUUGUGGAGCGUGCCCUGGGCUCCCCAACCAAGCAGCUGCUGCCCUGUGAGAUGGCCUGCAAUGAGAAGCUGGGCAAGUCUGUGGUGGCCAAAGUGAAAAUUCCGGAAGGCACCAUUCUAACAAUGGACAUGCUCACCGUGAAGGUGGGUGAGCCCAAAGGCUAUCCUCCUGAAGACAUCUUUAAUCUAGUGGGCAAGAAGGUCCUGGUCACUGUUGAAGAGGAUGACACCAUCAUGGAAGAAUUGGUAGAUAAUCAUGGCAAAAAAAUCAAGUCUUAAAAAUAAAGUGCCAUUCUCUGAA